UCUUCAAUGAGUAAGUCAUUAAAUCUAAAUGGGGAUUUUUCGGAAUUAAUCUGUUAUUACAUACCUACCAACAGAUGACUUAAAACGUAGUUUAGCUGAAGUUCUUCGACUUAACAGUAAAUUAAGACGACUUUAUUAUCAUGUCAAAUUAUAAUGAAGGUCAGCUCCAAAAAGCUUUAACAAAGUACAAGAACCAAGAAGUUACCAAAAGAGAAAUUACAAAUGUUUUAAACCAGUAUCGAGAUUUGCGACCAAAAUUGGAGCCUUUUGUUUUUAAUAAUGGACAACAAAAGGAAUUACUUAAUCUUGAAGGCACAAUUCCUGUGUCUUACAGAGGUAAUCAGUAUAAUAUUCCUGUGUGUAUAUGGGUUUUAGACACUCAUCCUUAUAACCCUCCUAUGGCAUAUGUAAAACCAACAAACACCAUGCAGAUAAAGCCAGGAAAAUAUGUUGAUAAUAAUGGAAAAGUCGAUCUACCAUUCAUUAGAGAUUGGAGACAUCCACAAGCUGAUCUGAUAAGUUUAGUUCAGAUUCUUGCAAUGACUUUUGGUGAGGAUUGUCCAGUGUUUUCAAGAGUUACACCUAAGGGAGGUCCCCCUCCAUACUCAUCCAAUUCUGGUAUUGGAGCAGCACAACCACCAUACCCAACUAGUGGAGGUGGAAUGCCGGUUCCUGGAAUGGCUGGUAGUUCUGGUGGAAAUUCCCCAUACCCUUAUCCUAGUUCGACUGGUUAUCCAAGUUCUGGUUAUCCUAAUCCCCCAUAUCCAUCAUCUGGAUAUCCUAGUCAGAGUUAUGGCGGUUAUCCACAAAGCGGUGGAGGUUAUUCAAGUCAAAAUCAAACUUAUGGCGCAACUCCACAAUACCCAGCUCAAUAUCCCUAUAAUCCUCCUUAUUCAUCACAAUCAGGGUAUCAGGGCUCAGCCACAAGUUCAAAUGAUAUGAGACCAGGAACUGGUACUGUAACCGAGGCUCAUAUAAAGGCAUCAUUGUUGUCUGCUGUAGAAGAUAAAUUAAAACGAAGACUAAGAGAGACUUUUGCACAGGCUGAGGCUGAAAUGGAUGUUUUAAAGAAAACCCAGACAGACUUAUCUCGUGGUAAAGAGAAACUAGAAAAGAUGAUAAAAGAUCUAGAAAAUGAGAAGGAUGAGUGUGAGAAAAACACCAAAUUGUUAAGUGAUAAAACAUCAGAGGUGAAAGAGGCUUUAAAAAAGCUAGAGAAUGAUGAUCCAAUGGAUAUGGAUGAAGCUGUUGUUACUACGACACCUUUAUAUAGACAAUUGUUAAAUUCUUUUGCUGAAGAACAAGCUAUAGAAGACACAAUAUAUUAUUUAGGAGAAGGUUUGCGCAAGAAUGUAAUAGAUUUAGAAGUUUUUCUUAAGCAAAUUAGACAAUUAUCAAGACGACAGUUCAUGCUAAGAGCACUCAUUCAGAAAUGUAGAGAAAAGGCCGGAUUGCCUCCCUUAGCAUAAUAUAAAAAUAUAAGAAAUAUGCUUUAAAAAAUAAAGUAAUUAUUACAGAAUGAAAAGAACAUAAUAUCACCAGAUUGUAAAAUGUCCAAACUUUUAUGUCAGGACAUACGUUUUUGAUAGACAAGAACUGUGCAUAAAGAUGUGCAUCGUUUUACUGUGAAUCUUUCUUUUUUUCACCCUAAUUGUUAAUUAUGAUGUCAAGAACAAAGCUAAAUAUUGUAUGUUUAUGUACAUAGAUAAUUUGAGACUUCAAGUCUACCAUUGCAGAAUAUUUCUGCAUCUGUGAAAUUAUUUUACUUGAUUUGUAACUUGUAAAUUAGUUGAGUACAUUAUUAUUUUCAAAAUAAUAUGCUGUUAAACAUUCUAUUUUAUAAUAAUAUAAAUUUUGUGUCUAAAAUAGUAAUAUUGAAAACUAAAUAAAACUGAAAAUAAGUAAUAUAUGUGCUGACAACUUUAAUCAUCAACACUGAUAAAGACUCAUUUAUGGUUAAUUUUUGCCAUGAUGAUAAUUAUACUCCCUUUGAUGUAUUGUACAAAUUAAGAGAUAAAUCUAUAGCAGUACUGGUAAUAUUUGAUUUCAUAAUUUGAAUAUCAAUAAUCGUACAUUUAAUGGAUUGUAUUGUUCAAAAAGAAAUAUUUAUUCACUUUCUGAAACAAAUCUGUCCCCUGUUCAGUUAAGUGUUUGCUUCACGACCUUUGUCUUUGCAAGCCAGGAUUGAAUAUCAUGUGGCUUAUGACAGAAUACUUUUAAAAAAAACUUUGGUUCACGAUGACAAUGGUCAUGUUGUAAAGGUUAAGUUACAUUCACUUCUGCUGAACUCAGGACUGAUCUAUUCAUACCUUUGUUAUUCCAUGAUUCAAAUUAAUAUUUCUGUUUAUUCUUUUAUAAAGACUCAAAGUUUUUCUUAAAAUCACUUGUUUGAUAUAUUUCUCUUUUCUUGACUACUGGUAAAUUGCAGUUGAAGAUUAUGUGUAUAAUUGUUUUGUAUUAUUUAUGUAUUUUUGGAUUAUAUCUUAUUUGUUGUGUUGGAUUUUGAGUAAAAUGAUCUAUUAAGCAUGGUUAUAAUUUUGAGAUGAUAAUUAAAGAUGUACAUUUCUAUGUAUAAAUACCUGUAUAUAAAAUCGUAAUAAUGAUCAUUUUGUAUAUUUCUUGUGAAUUAUUCCAAUAUUCAGACGGCAUCUUUGAUGUCUUCUCUUCUGAUUUGUCACUUCAGAUUUUGAUUUAAGCUAUCUUAAGUUAGUUUUAAUUGUUGUUUUUACACAAUAAUCUUUUUGAGUAUAAUUUUUAAUACUUACUGCUUUAGUGCCGAUGUGAUGGAGAAGCUUUCAAAUUUUUCUUUUUCAUAAUUUUGAUUCUUAUUUGUAAAAUAGGAGAGCUAAUUAAUGUGUAAUAUUUCAUUAAACUAUCUUUUUAUU